CCAUCAACCCACAACAACCACAUCCAACGCACCGAAACGUUAACAACCGCAACACUGCCAUGAUGAAGUUUACCACCUUCAUCCUCGGCGCCAUCAUCGGCCUCGCCACCGCGCUGCCCACCGGUGAAGCCAGCGUGAGCGACGUUCCCAACGGCUUCCUCACUAACACUCUUGACACCCGCCAAACCUGCACCAUCAAACUCACAUCCUGCCACCCCGAGUGCAAGCGGCUCACCGAAGAGCUCAACGGUUGCCUCUGCAUCAACAAACCCGGCGGCACGCACGGGUGCAUUAGCAUGGACAAGAAGCUCAAGGCCUGCAAGGCUAGAUGGUGCGCUUGAAUCCAAGGCAGCGACACGGUGCCAGGUGAUGGACACAAGGGGACUCAGGGCCUGGGGAGCAUGGAUACGGAUGGGGACAUGGUAUGCAGGAUUGAUAUCUACAAAUCGACUCGUCGAUUGGAGGAGUAGCUGGUCGUACAAAGCCG